UUAUCACAACUCUUCCGAAUUAGAUGCUUCAGAAAUGAGCUGUUCCACGGGCCCUCAACAGGAAUUGCAAAGGUUGAAUUCGAGAACAAGUGGGAAAAGAUUGGGUCGUCUUUAGAGGAAACUGAGAUUUAUGUUGUAUGAAAGAGAAUCAAAGAGGAAAUGGAGGCGCUGAAGAACAAUCCCAUUGAUCACGAUACAAAGCGACGUUCGGAGGAACAAGCCGAAAAAUGGAACAAAGUACAGGAACAACAGAAGAGUAGCCUUCGCCACUGUCUACCGCGCGAAAUACCAGAGGAACUUGUAUUUGGCCGCAACAAACACAUAGAGCGUAUCAAGAAACUGGCUGAGGGUGGGAAAACCCCAGUUGUCCUGAUUACUGGUGGACCUGGAUUUGGAAAGACGACUGUGGCUAAAAGAGUGGCGCAUGAAUUAAAAAAAUCAGAGACAAAGGUAACUGUGCUGUUUUGUAGUUUACAAACGAAGACAGAUUUCAACGAAGUGGUCGUAGGUAUGAUCAACUCGUGUGGUAAAGCCAGCACGCAAGUACGAGAGAAACCGGGACAAUGGUUAACAAACUGGAGCAUACAUGUCCCAAACCAGGUCACGUUUGUUCUUGACAAUGCAGAUGGCGUCCUCGAGUCCAGCGAUCGAGAAUCAUUUAUAAGCAUCUUAUCUGACAUGAGAAUGUUAUCGGUGGAAAAGGUAGGAUUUGUCAUAACUACCAGGAAAACCUUUAAGAAUACGGACUUGCAGCCCCUCGAAGUCAGAUUGGGCCCUUUGUCCGCCGCACAGGCAAAAAAACUCCUUCUUUCGAAGGUGCAAGUAUGUGAAGGUGCCCAGCAGCACCCUUCCAGGGCAGAUUACAUCGCCAAAGAUCUAUGUGGCUGCGUUCCUCAGGCACUUUGCAUUGUUGGAUCCUUGCUAUCAGACUAUCCUGAAGAAACGCUCAUAGAAAGCCUUGAAAAGGAACCAUUAGCGGUUCUAGAGGACGACGAAGGAUCUGUUGAAAAGGCCAUUAAGACUUCGUUUGACCUUUUGAAGAAACCCGAUCAAGAGGUUUUCAUUCUCCUAUCCUUGUUCCAAGGUCCAUUUGAUACAGAUGCAGUCCAAGCUGUGACGAAGGCGCAUUGUUCAACCUCCGGGGCUUUGCCUAUCUCCAUCCUGCGCUCAUUAAAAUACAGAUCUCUUGUGGAGGAGCUCUAUUCGCGCAGAUAUCAGAUGCAUCCGCUCAUUCAGUCAUACGCAAUGAAGAUUGGUCGAGAUAAGUAUGACAAACUUUGGACAAUGGGCAGAAAACUGGCUUGUGUACACUUCAUGUUGCGCCUCGCGAAGAAUGCCGAUAUUUACUGGAGUAAGGACACCUGCAAGGCUUCCCUUGUAUCAUUUCAAGAUGAGAAGGACAAUUUCGAACAUUUUCUUCAAAUUUAUGCUCAAGCUAGGGAAGAAAAAGAUCCAGAGAUCAUGAAAGACUGUGAGCCCUUUCUGGACAGUUUUCCUUACAAAUGCAUGUAUCUGGAGAGAUGUCUUCAUCCAAGAUUCUACACUGAGAUCCUUGAAAGAUUAUUGGAAACUUUUGACUCUGCAAGCCAACCAGUGUAUGUAGUAGAUCUUUUGUGUCUUCUUGGUAAUGAAUAUAGGAAGAAAAAAGAAAAAGAAGGAAAGAAAAAGUACGAAGAGGUCAUGGUUGAAGCCAAAAAAAUUCAUUUGAGGAAUCCUGCUGCGUUUGAGUCGAAACCGUUAUCAGAACUCCAUUUUCACAACAGCAAUGCCCGCUUCCUUAAAGGGAACGAACAGAAAGAAGAGGAGUGUACAAAGGCUUUGAAAAUAUGCACAGAAAAAUAUGAACAGCUUCAUGAUCACCCGGAAACAGCAGCGACCCUCAUCUUUUCAGGAAUUGUUUCAAAGCUCUGUAAGAAGUUCGAAGAAGCCAUAGAUCGGUCUAAAAAAGCGUUGGAACUCUUUCAAACAAAACUUGGGAACCACUAUAUGACUGCUCUAACCCUGAAGAUUACCGGAGACCUUUACGUGUCUCUUGAUGAAAAGUACGAAGUCGACGGCCUUGAGUGUUAUAAAGCUGCUUUGAAAAUGUUCGAUGACCUAGGAAUGGAUGAAAACAAAGAAAGCAUCUUGGUGCGAAAGAAUCUUGGAACUUGUCACAUGAAAAGUGGGAACUUUGACGAGGCAAUGAAGCUAUUCUCGGAAGCAGAGCAAAUUGCCAAACGAGAAUUAGAAGAGGAACAUCAUUGGAAGGUCCUUGUUAAGACUUCGUUGGCCCUCUUGCUUGAGAAGAUGAAUAACGUAGAGGGGGCGAUAGACAAGAUGCACAAGGGACUGGAGAUGGGCAAAAGCAUGAAUCUACCCGUGAACAUGAUGGGAGGAGAAGAGAUGAUUAAAUUUCUCAACCGGUAUCCAGGGAAGUUCCCCGAGACUGAACUCCCAAGUAAGUAA